UUCUGCGUAUACUUUGCCUCAGACAGAUUGAGUAAGCGGUACUGCGGACUCGUUGUUGCCCAGAAGGUACAGAGGUUGAGGCUGCUGCGCCUGCGCUGAAGCUCUCUUGCCUCUCGCGGCGGUGCCAUGGAUCUCUCCCGCAUCUGGUACCUGGCUGCUGUCUUUUGUCUGACCUGCGUGCUCAUCAAAGCCAUCCAGCUGUAUCGCAGACUACAGGAACUCCAGAAAACUCUGAGCAGUUUCCCGGGUCCCCCCACGCACCGGUUAUACGGCAAUCUCCGCGAGCUCACACCCAUUUCCAAAAUUUUCGAGACGGCAAAGACAUGGAGCCAUCAGUACCCAUUUGCCUUUCCAAUAUGGUUUGGGAGCUUCUCUGCAUGUUUAGUCAUCACACACCCUGAUUAUGCAAAAGUGAUUCUUGCUAGAGCAGACCCAAAGGACAAUGUUGCCUAUCGGAACAUAGUUCCAUGGAUUGGGAAAGGUCUGUUGGUCCUCCAUGGGCCAAAGUGGUCACAACAUCGAAAGCUGCUGACUCCAGGUUUCCACUAUACUAUUUUGAAACCUUAUGUGACACUGAUGGCAGAGUCUACAAAAGUGAUGCUGGAUAAGUGGGAGCAGCUGAUCAGACAGGAGAAAUCGGUGGAGCUCUUUGAACAUGUGAGCUUGAUGACACUGGACAUCAUCAUGAAAUGUGCCUUCAGUUACAACAGCGACUGUCAAAUGGACAGGGAGAAUUCCUAUGUCCAAGCUGUCUUUGAACUUUGCUCUUUGACACAUGCCAGAGUGCACAGCAUCUUGGGUCAGAACGAUCUGAUUUACUGGUUCACCCCACAAGGGUAUCGAUUCCGGAAGGCCUGCCAAAUAGCCCACCUCCAUACAGAUGGAAUAAUCAAGGAGAGAAAGGAGUCUCUGAAGGAUGAGAAAGAACUCCAAAAGAUCCAGGCGAAGAGACACCUGGAUUUUCUUGAUAUUCUUCUCUGUGCCAAAGAUGAAAAUGGUAUUGGACUGUCUGAUGAAGACCUCCGAGCUGAAGUGGACACUUUCAUGUUUGAGGGUCAUGAUACCACAGCCAGUGCUAUCUCCUGGCUGCUCUACUGUAUGGCCCAAAAUCCAGAACACCAGCAGAGAUGCAGGGAGGAGAUAAAGGCAAUUCUGAAGGACCAUGACACCAUUCAGUGGGAUGAUAUCAAUAAGAUGACUUACUGUACUAUGUGCAUUAAAGAGAGCCUCCGCCUUUACCCUCCAGUACCAGGAGUUUCACGUCAAAUCAGCAAACCCGUCACAUUUUUUGAUGGACGAACUCUACCUGAAGAAUCUUGGGUUGCACUAAGUAUUUUUCUCAUCAACAAGAACCCGAGCAUAUGGAAUGACCCAGAGGUAUUCGACCCUCUGAGGUUUUCUCCUGAGAAUGUAUCCAGCAGAAACUCCCAUGCCUUCCUUCCUUUCUCUGCUGGACCAAGAAAUUGCAUUGGGCAGCAGUUUGCUAUGAAUGAGAUAAAAGUGGCCCUUGCCAUGACUUUGCUUCGAUUCGAACUUUCUCCUGAUCCUACGAAACCACCUCCACUUCCUAUCCCUCAGAUUGUGAUGCGUUCCCAGAAUGGGAUACAUCUUCACUUGAAAAAAGUGGUGUGAUGCUGAAACUAUGGAAGAAAGAAAAAUUGGUGGUGAGGGAAGGAAAACAUAGACCGUGACACAACUUAUUUGAUGUUUCAAUAAAAUCAUUUAACAAUGAA